AACGUCUUAGCCACAGAUCCCUCCCUCCAUAUAAAUACCAAUAGGUUCAGUUUCUAGUGGCGUCAGUCUGUCAGUGCUAAUUUUCUAUUUUUAGAACAAAAAAACGUGAUGUCGGCCACAGAAGAAGUUCAGGCUCCGGCCGUCGAGGCCCCGCCGGCGGUGGAGGCUCCAGCGACGGAGGAGCCCAAGAAAGAAGAAAAGCCGGUCAAAGAGAGAAAGACGAGAACCCCAAAGGAGAAGAAGCCUAAAGAGCCCAAAACCGCUGCUCAUCCUCCAUACUUUCAGAUGAUAAAGGAGGCACUGUUGGCUCUGAACGAGAAGAGCGGGUCGAGUCCGUACGCCAUAGCCAAGUACAUGGAGGAGAAGCACAAGGCGGUGCUUCCUUCCAACUUCAAGAAGACCCUGGCUCUGCAACUGAAGAACUCUGCCGCGAGAGGCAAGCUGAUCAAGAUCAGGGCCUCGUACAAGCUCUCCGAGGCAGGCAAGAAGGACCAAACCACAGGCAAAACCAAGGCUUCAACAAAACCCAAAACGGAGAAAAAUACCAAAACGACCGCUCCUGCUCCGAAGGCGACUAAGAAGCCUGCGAAGAAGAACAAGAAGUCCACGGCUUCUAAGCCUAAGCAGCCCAAGUCCAUCAAGAGCCCAGCUGCUAAGAAACCCAAGAAGGCUGUUGCUUGAAGUGAAACAUGUGAAAAAGUUGUAUAGAAGUUGAGAGCGAUGAUGAAUUAGUAAUAAUUAAGUUGAAAGAAGUUGGGUUGUGUGUGUUGAUGUUAGGAGUUAGCAGGUGCUAAGUUUUUGUUGUGAAUAUGUAAUCUUAUGUUGGAAUGGAAUGGAAUGGAACUGACUUUGUGCUAA